AUGUCAUCAAUUACAAUUAUACCACAACCAACAACAUAUGCAACAACAACAGCAAAUAAUUUACCAAAUAUUAAUUUACCACCAAUGCGUCCAUUAUAUUUACAACCAUACGCUCCUCAACAACAACAACCACCAACUUACCAUCAUCUUAAACAACAAAUUCAGCCUAAGCCUAUGUUAUAUGGAUCCAAUCAUCGAAAGCAAAAUUAUCUACACAAAUUUCAAACAGGUACGACUACUACAUUUAAUGGAUAUACUAACUUUUCAGGUACACGUACAACUAAUUUACCACCACCACCACCACCACGUCGAAAUUUACCACCUCCACCACCACCACGUACAAUAUAUCAUCAUAAUCCUUAUCAUAAUAAUUAUAAUAAUCGUUAUUACCAUCAUCGUCAUCAUUAUAAUAAUAAUUUUAAUAAUACCCAAAAUUUACCAUCAUUACUUGAUUUAAAUCCCUUCCAUUUACCAUCACGUCAUAAUACACGUACAUUUACCACUGCCCAACAUUAUCAUCCUAAUCAUCAUCAACAACAUUAUCCCCGUUCAUUAUCACGAUCCCGUUUUCAUGUUUUAUCCCAAUUACCAUCAAAAUCACGGUCCCGUUCACGUUCUUACCAACGUCCAUUACCACCACCAAUUAAGCCCCGUCGUAUUCAUCAUCAACAACAACAACAACAAUUUAAUCGCCACCGAUACCAACAACAACAACAACGUCCUACCAUACCACCAUACAACAAUACCAAUAAUAAUAUUAAUAAUAAUAAUAAUAAUUACAAUGGAAUUAAACGUACUUUACAAGGCAUUAUAUUAUCUGAUUCUAUGUGUUCAAGAUUACGUACAUAUGCCAUUAAAAAAUUACCAUUAUAUGAUAUUGAAUUAAGUUAUGAAUCAGGUUGUGAUAUUUAUAAAAUGAUACAAUGGUUAAACACACCUGAAGGUCGCGGACUUGCGGAUAUGCGUGUAGAAGAUGGGCUACAUCCAUCUAAUACCACUGGCAAAUGGAAAUAUGAAGGAGCUACUCGUGAAUGGUUCUCUUCUCGUGCUGCCGCACACUAUUCUAUCUUUUUUCAGCGUCGUCGAUUUCCAUCAAGAUCAACAGCACCAACUACACCAACGACGACAACUACAUUAUAUAAUGAUAACAAUAUUAAUAAUUAUAAUAUGAAUAUGCAACGGCAGUACCAACCUCGUCCAAAUAAUAAUUAUUAUUACCAACAGCAACAAAAUAGAAUCAGCCCAAUAUUAUUAGUUAGUGACAAUAGCAAUAAGGAACCAGUAGAAAAGAAAGCAAGACCCGACACCCCAGUUGAUUCAGUAGCAAAAAAACCCCGACUCUUUUCACACGUUUUUAAACCCCCGAGAGUAGCUCCCCGAUCUCAACAACAACAAGAGAUAGUCAUUCAACAUGAAGAAGAAGUCUUACCCCUUUUACCAACAACACCACCAGGAUUACCAGCACCACCAGUUUUAAGUCCACGACAGAGUACACCAAGAACACCAAUAGCACCACCAAGACCAUUAGUAACAAGUCCGCAAAUUGAUCCAUCACACCAAGUUGAGAAUAGAGAUGAACCCGAAGUAGUUGAGAAUAUACAAGUUAAUGAGCAGGUAACACCAAUGGAACAAGAAAUAGUUAGAAAUUCACCCUCAGUAAUUCCCAAAGAUAUAGAGAACUUUAAAAUAGAAUUAUUCGAUUUUCCAAUUAUCCCGAUUGAGUGUAAGUUUCAUUUUAAGAUCUUCCAUGUAACAGCAAAUAUAGAAAACAUAAUAGCACAUAGGGAAUUCUUAGAAAAGAAAGCGAAACAACAGGAAGUUGAGUUAGAACAUCUAAUGGAAAAUUCCAACGGAGAUUUACGUAGAAUAGUAGUUAAAUUUAUUAGAGAGAUAGUCGACCCACUGAUAGAUAGUUUAAAGAUUUCAAACCAGAAGCGCUUAGACAACCUUAUCUUAGACCAGAUGAAGGAGAAGGCCUUAAGAACAAUUAGAAAUAGUAAGGAUAAGAAUAGUUUAGAAUCUAUAGAGAAGGCACAGAUAAGAUUUGAGCGUACAUUACAAUUAAGGUAUCAGCUAGAUAAGUUAGAUAGAAGAUUAAAUGAGAAUAUGCCCCCACCAUCAUUAAAUGUACUAGACAAGUUACAGUUUCGUAGUAAGGAAUUAAAUAAGGAAAGUAUAGAUCAGUAUAGUGAGCAGUGGAAUAAUAUCUUAAGAAAGACUAAGUUAGAUUUAACAUCCAUAAUGAGAAUAGCUAAGGUUACAGAGAUAGAUAAAGGUGAAAAAGAAUAUUUAGAGUUAAUUGAGAAAAUACCCUUAGAGAUAAGAUCAGCAUAUAGAGAUUUAGCACAUACGAUAGAAGUAAGGAAUAAUAGAAAAGUCCAAAAGAAACUGAAUUUUUUAGAGAGAAAGGCCAAAGGAACGAUAGAAAAAUAGCAAGAGCAAUAGAAAGAAGUAGUAAAGCUAAGAAUUUACACCCACACUAUACCCCCCUAGGAUUUCCCCCUCAAGUAAAUAAUAAGGUAAUGAGUUUAGGAGAUGAAGAAAGAAGGAUAUUAAAUUAUGGUCCCAAGUUUGUACCUGAGAAUCCCAAACAGGCCUUAGAAAGACUAGAAGAUGAGAUUAGAGUAAUGAAAGAUAAGAUAACCGAAGCUUGGAGAAGAGAGACUAAGACAAUAGGUAGAAAUCCUAAGAAAGUGGAAGAGUUUGCCCUGAGAUUAGAAGAGGAGUUGAGAAAUAAGAUUAAUGAGAAUAGAAUACAGGACCCAUUAGUCGAGAAGGCCUUAGAACGUUUUCAAAAGGAACAAAAACAGGGAAAGGUAAUUUUCAGACAAACAGAUAAAUCCAAAGUAUUCCACGUAGAUAGGCCUGAGACUUAUAUAGAAAAAUCCAUAGCGUAUAUGAAGAAGACAGACGCCUAUGAGGAAGUAGAAGAAUCCCCCUUAGUUAGUAUGAUAGAAAAGACGGAAGAGUUGUUAAGGAAUUUAGUAAAUAGAAAAUUAUUACCCGGGAAAUAUUUCGAGAAACUCAAACCAGAACCCCAAGAUGCCGAGUUACCCCAUCUUUAUUAUAAUCCAAAAGAUCAUAAGGUAGGAGAACCACUUAGACCAAUUGUUUCGGGAAUGAAAUCACCCACCCAAAAAAUCUCGGCUUUUCUUGAUCAAAUUAUUCGUCCCAUUUUUGAUAAGUUAACCCCAUAUAGUUUGAAGAAUAGUAUAGAAUUUGUAAAAGAAUUACAAAAACAUAAGACUACAGACCAGACCAUUGUAUAUACAUUUGAUAUAACAGAUUUAUAUACAAUGAUACCCCAACAGGAAUCAAUCUUAGCCAUCUGUGAGAUGUUAGGUGAGAAUAAGAUUAAUAAGGUCAAUGGAGAAAUUCCCAUUAAUACAGUUAGGACCCUCUUUAGACAUGUCUUAGAAAAUGCGUAUUUGCCCUCCAGUUACCCGGUCAGAAUGUUAAGUAUUAUAAGCAAAUAAGAGGAGGUCCCAUGGGCUCAGAAUGUACUCAAGUCUUAGCUGAUGUUUAUAUGAGAAAGUGGGAGAAACAGUUUAAGGCAGACCAGGAUAGAGAAGGGGAAUUAUACUUUAGAUUUAGGGACGAUAUAUUUUUAACUAGUAAGAGAAGUAAGGAUGAGAUGGAUAAGAUAUUAGUAGAAUUAGGUAAGAAAGAUAAGAAUAUAGGAUUAACCUUUGAGACAGGCCCCCAAGUAGAUUACUUAGAUGUAAGAGUAGAAGUAGAAGUUCCCAAUUUUAGGACCAAAGUCUAUAGAAAGCUAGCUGCCCAACCAUAUAUUUUACCAUUUAAUUCAGCCCACCCACCCCAUGUUAUGAAGAAUAUCCCCUUCUCAGCACUUUUGAGAGUAGUUAGAAUAUGUUCCCAUAGAGAAGAUUUAGAAAGAGAAAUAGAAAAAGUUAGAAUAACCCUUCUUUUGAAUAAGUACCCCCCAAAUUUUAUAGAUAAACACUUUAAGAGAUUUUUUGAAACAUUGACAGGGCAGAAGGAUAAAAAAUUACUUCUUAGCACGAGACAUAAUGAGUAUAGGGACAAGGUCUUAGACAUAGGAUGGAAUAAAAAUGAGAAACCCGGGAUUAACUUUAGCAGAGAUAUCAUGGUCCAUUUUACGUAUACCCCGAGCUUGGCCCGCUUUGGAUCUAGAUUUCAUCAAAUUUGGAAGGAAAUCUUUGAGGAAACCCCACUGAGUGACAUCCCAGUAAUCUUUGCCCAUAAGUUAACGGAUAAUUUAAAAAGUAUACUAGUUCAUAAGAAACCCCCUAAAGCAGCGAUUAAGGCAUUAGUUGAGAACUUAGAAUAGGAUUGAGAUAGAGGAAUAGAGGCCCC